GAAGAUUGGCCUGACUGAGGACACGCUCCAGGGCUUGCUCGAUAACGGCUACAACACGUUUGGUCGCUUGGCUUUCGCGGUCAAGUCCCGCAUUGAGCCUGGCCUUGAAGGGCAUCCAAAGAAACUUGCAUCGGCCGAGCGUCUGGACAGGCAGGCUAGGCAGGCUUGGGGGCGUAGGUCUCUGGCCUUUGAUCUCGCAAACCUGGCAAGUUUCAGAGUCAUGGAGGAGCAUGUGCAAUUUCUCUUCUCAGUGCUUCAGCGUGUGCAGCCCAAAGGUUUCAUGAACAUACAGCUGUCACAAGUGAUUGAGGCGGAUAAGCAGAUGUUUAUCUUGGCCAGUAACAACCUCAUGGGCCGUUUGGUUGCUUCGGCUGGAGCUGCUCCAGCGCUUGAUGCGGAGAUUGCACGUUUGUCACGAAGCCCGGAAAUCAUGCAAUACUUAACUCCCCUGCACACUCCUGUCGCUCCGCCUCCUGCUCCGUGGAAGGGCGAUCCCAAGGGGGGCAGAGGAUGA